GCCACCUUCUGUGGACUAAAUAUGGGACUUACUGCACACUGGAAGCCGUCACAAGCUGGCCUUUUGGUGUCAACUACUGUUGUCCUGCGUCUUUCUCAUGAGCUUCUGAACAAGCUCAAUUACAAGUACUUGCUAACUGGUAGAUUGUCACAGGAUUGUCUCGAAAACAUCUUUUCUGUAUUGAGGCUCAGAAAACCUGUGCCGAGCGCAUAUGAUGUCAAGUGUGCCUUAAAGCUUAUCUGCGUUGGCCAGUUUGUAAACACACCGACAUCAUCUAGCUAUGGUGUUGAUGACAGCACACACCUGGCUGACCUUCUUGACCCCAGUUUCAAACAGGAUGAAGUGGAAGGUCAGGAGCCAGAGGAACUUGAGAACUUGUUUGUUUAUGCACUUACCACAGAAGAGUGCGAUAUCCUUGCGUACUUGGGAGGCUUUUUGCUGAAGUCAGUCAUCGGUUUUCUUGGAGAGUGCAAAGACUGUGAAAGAGCCCUGGUUGGCGAUGCAACAGGCCAGUACAAUGCUCUUAUACAGCUGAAAGAGUAUGUCAAGAAUAGCGGAAAGCUCAUGCAGCCAAGCCAAACAGUGAUGCAAGUUUUAAUCAAAUGUGAGGAAAACUUUAAGACUUUCGCAAACAUGAAUGAGAUCCUGACUCUCAAAGCUCCAUUUACAGGUAUCCGGAGUGCCUUGCGGAAGUCUGUGGCUAUGAGAUUAGGGUGUUGUGAUGCGCAUGAAUCAAGGGCAUGCAAAAUGCUCAUUGAGAAGUAUGUGAGGACAAGACUUAAGAUUCAUCUCCGACAGCAGCAUGCGCAGAGGGUGAACGGACAGUCCAGCAAAACCUGUGACGCUGCUAAUCUUAUCUGAGCCGUGUGUGGCGUCUCAGUGGUUAAUUUAAUGCUGCUGUGGUUGUGUGAUGUGUUUGCAGAAGUGUUUGACGUGUGCCUCUGGAUGUCUUUUUAACGCCUCGAGCAGGUGGGGCAUUCACUAAAAUGUUUCGCACCAAAGCUCUUUGUUCAUUGUUUAGUGUACUGAAAAACAGCAUGCUUCCAUGCGUUCUAGCUGCUAAUAUUGACUUUACCUGAAUGCAGCAUCACUAGUAUCAGAUUAACUUUCUUUAAUGCUUGUCUUUUUCGUAUGGCUGUAACAUAUUUUGUUGACAGAUAUCAUUGGCAGUCUUGAUUUCA